AUGUCUUGCAGCUACUGGGAAUCGACGCAGCGCAAGUUCUGGACUUUUACAAAGCAGGAACUCGCACUCGAGCGGAAAAGGAUAGAAGACUCUGAACGAAACCUGGUCAAUCUGUAUCCCCUGCCGGACCGAAGACAUCUCAGCAUAUACUUUUCUCACCAACUCUCCAAAAUGGCAAGACCUCUGGGCAUCCGUCAGCAAGCUCUGGCGACGGCCCAGGUCUACGUGCGGCGUUUCUAUGCAAAGGUUGAAAUUCGACGAACGAACCCGGCACUUGUACUAGCUACGGCGCUGUAUUUGGCUUGCAAGAUGGAGGAAUGCCCACAGCACAUUCGAAUGGUGCUGGCAGAGGCGCGCCACUGCUGGGACACGUCUUUCAACGACAUCUCCAAGAUUGGCGAGUGCGAGUUUACCCUCAUCUCUGAGAUGAACUCGCAAUUAAUACUUCACCACCCCUAUCGUAGCCUUGCAGAGCUACAGACGCAGUUCCAACUGACACAGGAAGAAAACGCAUUAGCGUGGUCCAUCAUCAAUGACCACUAUCUCACAGAUCUCCCGCUUUUACAUGCUCCACAUGUGAUGGCCAUUACUGCCAUGUUCCUGGCCGUUGUCUUGAAACCGAUAGGCUCGCAGGUCAACGCAGCUGGGAUGAACAGCGCACUCCAAACAUUGGGUAACGCGCGUGGUGGACAAGGGAUGCAAGCAAGGAUACAGAAGCUGGUGGAUUGGCUUGCUGAGAGCAAUGUGGACAUUGAAGCUGUUGUUGAAUGCACGCAGGAGCUCAUAUCACUAUACGAGGUUUGGGAGUCAUACACGGAUAAGACGUGUAAAGACCAGAUUGCCAAGUUUGUCAAAGCUAGAGGACUGGACAAGUAAGCAUACAUUGAGUUUUGUUCAGAUGGUGCUCGAUCAUGGAAAGGCCGGUACGAUGCGGGCUAGCGAAACGUGGAAAGAGGUAUAUGUCGACCAGACCUUUGACGGAACACCAAACGUUCAGUUCAUUUCCUGUUUCCAGUAGGUUUGUAUUGGCGGUGUUUGGGCGAAACAGCCUCACUGGGUGAGACGCAUACGCGCAAGCUCGAUGCAAAUUGGAGUCGUAGUCGGAGGGUUUCGCAGCAACGGCUACGGCGGGCUGGCAGCAAGAUGCGUUUUGAUGAUUUGCAUGGUAGUCAGCACUUGUAGCAGUAAGCAGGCCUACAGUAGGCGAUUUCGUCCGCCGUACCGCAGGUCAUCAUCCAGAUUACAUCGGCGUCGACUUGCAAGCAUUAGAUGCAUCCCGCGCGGCAGACAGUCGAUCAAUUGAGCGUGUUUGGAGCUUGGAAGUGGUUUUUCAUGCAGUCAGCCUUGGCGCUGUCGCAGACACGUUUUGUCAAAACUGUUCGCCACGGCAAUUUAUGGUGAGGAAGAU